CGUUGCUGCUGGCUCAUUGGGACGAUGGCAGACAACGCCAUGGAUGCGAGGUACCAGGAGGUCAUGCGCCUGCUCGAGUUCCCAAAGGCCAGUUGCUUGACACGCGACUUCACGUCCGAGGAUGAAGCGGCAAUCAUAGGGCUGCCGGCGUGGGAUCUCUCGCGGUACCUCGGCCAAGACACGACGACCAUCGUCGCCGCGUCCGACCUCGCGUUCGACACCUCGGCCUUUGAUGGGUAUGUCAACGCGACGCUCGUCAAGCGCAUCGAGACGGCGCUGGCACCCGAAGGGCCGUUCCACGCGGCGCUCGCCCACAUCGCGUUCGACGCUGUCGGCGACACGUCCACCUUUGAGGUCGCGCACCGCCCACUUGGCUCGUUUGGCACCUUGUACGUGGCGCUGCCACGUCACGCGCGUGGCGGCGAGGUCGCUUUUCGACGCGGCCAUGACCUUCACAAGUGUUUCCUGCCUCGACGCUCAGGAGCACCUCGAUACUCGUACGCAGCGUGCUACCGCCACACUCACGUCACCGCGGCUGCCAUCACUGAGGGUGAUCGCGUCCUCCUCGUGUACAACCUCAUUUACAACGACCCGGCGACGCACACCCGCGACUAUCCCGCGUCCAUUGACGAGGCGGCAGCUCAUCUUCGCAAGCUCGGCACGAUGAACCACGACCGCUUGGACGUGCUGGAAGGCUGCCCUGUCCUGCAGCAGGGCACCUCGUUCGAGACGCUCUCGGGAGUGGCCAAAGAUGUCUUGACCGCCUUGCUACUGUCGGGUGUCUAUGACGUGGCACUGGCAACACUCGUGCCUGAGACCGACGUCGCAGUCGACGCGCUGCGCAGCCGCCUCCUUGACUUCGGUUUCAGGGGCCACAUCUUCGCACACGUGCAGCUGCAUCCAACGACACGUGCGCCAUCCGUGCUCCAAGACGCGAUGUGUGGCACGAUUCUGGGAGAUGCACCGCCCAGCAACGAAGUGGCCCACGAGCUCGGCCCGACGCACGCGUUCAUUUUUUGGCCCAAGCGACAUCGAGUGGAGGCCGCCGGCCUUCAUGGCACGAUGCUGUGCCUCGAGCGCGCGGUCACCGCCACCAACGAUGACGCCAACACCAAGGUGGAGCUCUUGGGCUGCGACGAUCUUCCGUCGCUCGCAACCCAUGUCAUGAAAUUCAUGCAGACGGACUUGAGUGCCAACGCUAUGGACGCAUGCCAGCACAUUCAAGCUACCAUCAACCCGGCGGCGACGUCGUACUUUGACCGGUUUGUCGCCGUGCUCACGACGCUCGGCGAUAUCAACUUGAUACUCGAGUUUGUCGCGACGUCCCUCAACAUGACGCACUGCAGCACGUCGCUACCGGACGUCGCAAUGUGGCUCUAUGGUCUGUGUCAAACGCAUGGCUGGGAGCUCCUCUUCACGUCGCUUCUCCAGCUCGUCGACCGGUGGAGCAAGCAGCAAGCGACGAUCGCACCUGUCUUGCAUCUCAUCGCAUCGCUCGCGGGCGUGGAUGGUGCGACGCCGCUGUGCCCGACUCUCCACCAGCCAUUCACGGUUGAGCUCAUCAAGGGACUCUACCGCACGUCGCGUCUUGCGAUGCGUUCAAACGGCCGCCAGACACCACUCAUCAUCGAGCACGACGUCCUCGGCCAUUGCCUCGUUCUCGAUGCGUACGUGGCCGCGAAUGGUGUGGCGUCGCACUGGCUUCACGGACGGUUGCCGCCACUGGCGCUGGCAACAAUCGACGCGGCGCUUGAUCCGCCCGUAUUGGUCGCCGGCCUGUUGCUUCGAGCCGGUCAGAAAAGAGAUGACGUCCUCUUUGGCACCGCCGCGCCUGCUUUGGCGUACGGUCUCCGCCUCCAACGACGUCUCAGCGUGCCCGCGCUCACCACCGCCAUGAUCACCAAGCUGCUCCACCCGUCGACGACCUUUGCGAGCCUGGUCGCGACCGGGCGGCGUCGACCCAACGCUGUGCUUAUCGUCAGAAGCCUCUUGACGAUCGCACUCUGCGAUGGCGCAUUGACGUCGGCGCUUCUCGAGCGCUGCCGCACCGUCUUUGGCUCGUGCACCGUCCCCGCCAUCCGCGACGUCCUCGCGCAUGAUACUACUGUGGACGAUGCGACACGCGCGCUGUUGUUUCAGAGUGUGUUGCGACCUCUGGGUCCAGACCUUGUGAGCUACGACAAGCACCUCAACGACUACUACCGCGACCACCCGCACCCUCACGUCGCACCAUCCCACGACCAUGCGACCGAAGCGGACGCUGGCUGGCGACUGGCGGUCGACACGCUCGAGCUGAUUGCCGAGAUGGACGCGAGCCAGAUGCUGCCGUGCGUCCAGUUGUGGAACGACCAAGUGCUCUCGCAAGAGCCGUGGAUGUAUGGUGGGUUUGUCGCCGACUGCCUUCUUCGCCACACCUUUUGGACCCACGAGGCAUGGCUCUUCCUCGCCGACCUCUGCAUCAAGAACCUUACACCACAUUUUGCCGGGCGUCGGCUCCGUGAUCUGCGUCCGAAGGUUGAGGCGCGCGUGGACUGCGACUGUGAGCUCGCGACGCAGUUCAACGCCUUCUUGAGCUCCAAACAUGCUUUGGUCGAGGUCUUGCGCGCACCAGCGCCCAUGUGUACCGCCGUCCAAGCCUUCCUGGACGGCCCCCCGAAGACGACGCUGGAGAUGACGUGGCACAACGACGAUGACGACGCCUCCGAGCCCGUGACGAUCACCAUUGAGCGGCCGCACGACGACUUUUCGGACGACGAGGUCGAUGCAUACUCGUCCAAAACCAUGGUCGAGCGCCUCCAAGCCAUGAAGAAAAGCAAGACGAUGCGCAAGCGGCAAGCGCCACGCUCAAUGCGCAAUGGAAAGCGAACCUGCGUGCCACCGACUGCACCGUAGCUAACGUUCAGCACCUUAACUAUUCUACAC